CGCGUGUCGCCGUGUCUCUCGCAUCAGCUGUGGUGAGACAAUCGAAGAAGGAGGACUACGCAAUGGUUUACGGGGAGGCAGUACAAGUUGCUAAGGCAAAGUAUCCGAAGUCUGUGACGAAGACGAUCAAAUAUGGGACCGCGGGAUUCAGAACCAAAGCAGAUGAGCUGGACUUCAUCAUGUACCGUAUGGGCCUGCUGGCAACGCUGCGAGCUCGUGAUACAAAAGCUGUGAUUGGAGUGAUGAUCACGGCUUCACACAACCCAGAGCCCGACAAUGGGGUCAAGCUGAUCGACCCAAUGGGAGAGAUGUUGGCGCCGGCCUGGGAGGCUCAUGCAACAACCCUUGCCAAUGCCACUGAUGAUGGCAUUGCAGAGGCCAUGGCCACCAUUGCUAAGGAAGCUGGGGGCAUUAAGGAGGACGAGAAGGCUUUAGUAUUUGUUGGGAGAGAUACCAGGCCAAGCAGUGACAGACUGCGUGAUGCUGUUGUUGCUGGUGUCAAGGCAGCUGGUGGCGAAGUGAAAGACUUUGGAGUUGUGUCAACACCAAUCCUGCAUUUUGUGGUCACAUGCCAUAAUGAUGGUGGACAGUACGGUGAGCCCACUGAAGAGGGCUAUUACAAAAAGAUUGCCCAAGCCUUUGCAAAGCUGCGUGUGUCUGGUGCCAGUAGAGGCAGUUAUGAACCCACGAUUCUAUUUGAUGGGGCUAAUGGGGUUGGUGCAAUUAUGAUGGAGAGGUUUAUACCGUAUCUUGGUGAUUCCAUCAAGUCAACCAUGUACAACAAGGGGGAAGGUGUCCUGAACCAUCUCUGUGGGGCAGAUUAUGUGAAGGUGCAGCAGAAAUGGCCUGAAGGUGUUCCACAGGCACAGAAUAGUAGGUGUGUGUCUGUAGAUGGUGAUGCUGAUCGUGUUAUCUAUAGUUUCAUUGACAAAAAUGGGAAGUACUCUAUGUUGGAUGGAGACAAAAUUGCUACACUUGUUGCUGGAUACUUCCAAGAACUACUGAAAGCAUCAGGCCUCACGCUAAAGCUGGGCCUUGUGCAGACUGCCUAUGCAAAUGGAGCCUCCACUGCCUACAUCACAGAAAAACUAGGUGUGCCAGUUGCAUGCGCAAAGACAGGUGUCAAACAUUUGCAUCAUGUUGCUCUACAGUUCGACAUUGGUGUUUACUUUGAAGCCAAUGGUCAUGGAACAGUCAUCUUCAGCAAAAAUGCCCGAGAGGCUAUUAGAAAUGCUGCUCAAGCAAAUGAAAGUGCUCAGAAACUUUCUCAAGUGAUGGAUGUGAUUAAUGAGACAGUUGGAGAUGCCAUCUCUGACAUGCUGCUUGUAGAGACUGUACUCCAUGCUCGAGGGUGGUCGAUAGAGGACUGGAACAGCGCUUAUGCUGAUCUGCCUAACAGGCAGAUGAAGGUUACUGUUGCUGACCGAGCAGUCAUCACAACCACAGAUGCUGAAAGAGUCUGCGUCACUCCUGCAGGUCUCCAGGACACCAUAAACAGCAUAGUGGCCAAUUACCCCAAUGGACGGUCCUUUGUGCGUCCUUCCGGCACUGAAGAUAUUGUUCGUGUGUAUGCUGAAGCCUCAACACAGGAAGGGGCUGACAACCUCGCCAUUGCUGUAGGGAAUGCUGUAUAUGAACAAGCUGGUGGUGUUGGAGAUCGGCCAAAGAUCUAAAUAAUUUUAUUUAUAAAUAUGUAUACAUA